UAUUUAUGCCUACGAACGUAUGCAUAUGCAUUCGCCUUGGAGAAUUAGGGUUUCUGAUUUAGGACCCGCGCAUUUUCGAUUUGCUUCUCAACUUCGCAUAUUCUAGGUUUUCCCUUUCUCUCUGUAUUGGUUUGCUGCGUAGUUUAGGGUUUCCUUCAGUACAGGGAAUUCGUAUCCCCUGUAAAUAUUGGCAACGAGAAGAAAGUUGGGAAGCCUAAGCCAGAUACCUGGCUUUGGGGAUUUUUUUUCUUCAAAGUUGACUUGUUUGUUCGACUCAGUUCUUCCACUGCAUUUCCCCCCAGCUACGCACUCGGGAAUAACUAGAGCCAUAUGCAAAGGAAUCCGAAGAUAAUUCUCGAUGGAGGGCAAUGGAGGUGAUGGUGCCUCGGCAGCUGCACCUCUAAAUCAAUGGAGGCAUGACGCGUGGAAAAUUUUCCAGUUUUAUUUGGACAAAAGUACUCCCCAUGCUGUUUACAGAUGGAUUGGAACUUUCGUUUUGGCAUGCCUGUAUGCUCUGCGGGUUUUCUAUCUUCAGGGGUUCUACAUUAUUUCCUAUGGUGUGGGUAUCUAUGUAUUGAAUUUGUUGAUUGGGUUCUUGUCACCUCUCGUUGAUCCUGAGCUGGAACCUUCUGAUGGGCCAUCUCUACCAACAAAAGGUUCGGAUGAGUUCAAGCCAUUCAUUCGCCGCCUGCCUGAGUUCAAGUUCUGGUACGCUAUCACAAAGGCUUUUUGCAUAGCAUUUGUCCUCACCUUCUUUUCCAUGUUUGAUGUCCCCGUGUUCUGGCCUAUAUUACUGUUUUACUGGGUCGUUCUAUUUUUCCUCACGAUGAGGCGCCAAAUUGCGCACAUGAUCAAGUACAAAUAUCUCCCAUUCAAUAUUGGCAAGCAGAAAUAUAGUGGCAAGAAACCUGCAGCUAGUAGCAGUGGCUUCCGCGGGGACUAAGGCUUUUGCUGGUUGUAUAACUUGACCUACUGGAAUUGUAUCCAAGGACCAGAUUAUGGAAGAGAAAAAAGAAAGCAAAUAGUUUGGACUUUGGAAUAUUCAUUGCUACAGAUAUUAUGUUGUAAUAUUGGUGCCAUUUCAUUUGAUUAUGCUGCAUUCAUCCAUGUUGCAGAAGUGAAACUUGUACACACCCUACGAGGACCCAGUUCUGUUUUCAUUAAUCUGUUUCACCCUAGUAAAUACUACUUUCGUUUCUAUGCAAUUUCCAUGUACUGACAA